ACUGUUCCAUCAACCCAGUCUUAGACAGUCUACUUUUUGCAGUGUGAUGCCUCCCUCCCUCUCCUUCCCUCUGCUGGCUUGGGCCCCAGAACCGGCGUAAACCAUCAACAGUAUGUUCGCAGGCUCAGGCUGUGUACUAGGAAACAUGAGCAGGGUGAGAUAUUCAGAGUCCCGGGCUGCGCGGAGCAGGCCGCUGGAUAAAGCGGAGGAGGAGACGGCGGUCCGUGUGGUUUGAGCUCAGGAUCUCAGGACGGGAACAUGUGAGCAGGGAAUGGGCGACUGGAAACAGGAUUAUUGUUAUACACAGCAGAGAGACGCAGGAGGGGCGCGGGACAGGAGAGACACGGGGACACUGUGACACACCCGAGGAGAUUUGUUUUAUUUUUUAUUUUUGCGCAACAGAGAAAUCGGGGGAAUAUCUGGCCAAAGAUGAACACCAUUGUGUUUAACAAGUUGAGCAGCCAGGUCCUAUUUGAGGAGAAGGCGAAGGAGGUCGAAAUGAGCAGCAGAAAUUACCUAGAAGUCAUCGACGGGCAACAUCCAGACCUCCUCUCCAGCAACCAGACCAUCAGAGACAACCAGGCCAUCAGACACAGGCGGAGCGGAGGUCGACCCAGCGGCGGUAAAGUGCGACACAAGCGCCAGGCCCUGCAGGAUAUGGCGCGACCGCUCAAGCAGUGGCUCUACAAGCACAGAGACAACCCCUACCCCACCAAGACGGAGAAAAUCCUGCUGGCCCUCGGCUCACAAAUGACCCUGGUGCAGGUCUCCAACUGGUUUGCCAAUGCCAGGAGGCGACUGAAGAACACAGUGAGGCAGCCAGACCUGAGCUGGGCGCUCAGGAUCAAGCUCUACAACAAAUAUGUGCAGGGCAACGCAGAGAGGCUGAGCGUCAGCAGCGACGACAGCUGCUCAGACGAUGGGGACAACCCUCAGAGGACACAGAGCCGCCCCGAGGAGCUCAACAAGCCCAUGUACCAGAGUGUCAUCAAGAAGGAAGGCUCCUCCAUGGUGGGCAUGGCUAUGGGUAUGGGAGCGGGGCUGCGCUCGGCCGCCGAAGCCGCCUCACUGGCCGAGGACUACGUGUCUCCGCCCAAGUACAAGAGCAGCCUGUUGCACCGCUACCUGAACGACUCGCUGCGCCACGUCAUGGUGGCCAACGCUGUCAUGGACGCUCGCAAGAGGAACCACUCCGGCUCCUUCAGUUCCAACGAGUACGACGAUGAGCUGCUCUCGCCGUCCUCCUCUGAGGCUGAAGCAAAUUUUGUUUAUCGGGCUGAAACCACGGACCAUGGAUCAAGUAAAUGUGACAAUGGCAGCGGUGGCGUCGGAGCUGCGCAGAAAGAGAAGGUGAAGGGCAAAGACGAGACGUACUGGAAGGAGAUCAACGCCGCCAUGGCCUUGACCAACUUGGCGCAGGGGAAGGACAGCGUCUCCGGGACCACCAGCUGCAUCAUCCAAAAGUCCUCCCAUAUAGCAGAGAUCAAGACUGUUAAAGUGCCGCUGAUGCAGAAAUAUUAGCCCUGACGUCAUCCUCCCGUCUCUCUAUGCAAACCAGCAAACAUUCCUGUUUCAGCAAACUCGCCGGAGUCCAAAUAAACUCCCCCUGAAAUAAAAAGAGGACUGUUGUUUUAGGAUGGGGGGUGUUUGAGGCGAGGAAGUGUGGAACAAAAAGAGAACUCAUUCUUUUUGGUUGUUAUUGGUGUCUAAAAAGUGCAAAAGAGGCCUCGAUCAUCCUUUUCUCUGCUGGGUUGAUGUGCGACAGACAAGUGUUGAUGAUAGUUUCACUGCAGUAUUUCCUAAAACAAGACACUUUUGUAAUAUUAACUUAUUUUUGAUGAGUCUGAUUUUUUUAUUUCCUCUUUUUUUAUGCUACAAAAUUUGUAUUUUGCCAAAGUGCCUUCGUUCUUCAGACGAAUAACUCACCGACUGUGGUCAAUGCAAAGUACAGAUACUGAGGUGCCUCUUUGGAAUUUGUGAAGGAUUAUUUUACUAAGUUUAGAGUCACAGUCAUGAUUCAGGAUGUGUUUUGUGAAUGAAAAACUCCCCACAACAGCAUGUGCCUUAAAGACUGAAUGAGCUCACCAUCCGAGGCACUGAUGAACUCAAAUAGCACACACACGCAGAUACACGCUCUCUUUCAAAAUGCCCAGCCGUAAUUCCUUGAAGGCAUUGUGCUUAUUUUGACUGGACUCUUCAUUUUGACUGUAAACGGAACAAUGUUUUGUCUCAGUCAGACUCUCGAUGCUGGCAGGCCAACAAUAACUGUUGGAUAAAUUGCUCUAACGUGAGCAGAAGAUCGAUAAGCAGCCAGCGUUCUCCACCUUGUCCACAUCUCGGACUUGGAUUUCAUUAACGAGUGAAGGAUUCCUUUCUUAUCGGGGCUUUUAGUUGUUGAAACGUGCACAAAGCUGGACUCAAAUGAAGUCACGUUCACUCAGGCGGUGACACAGAUGUACGUAGAUCCACAGGCAUGCUUUAAGGUUCAGUACAGUAUCUGUUCCAGCAGGAGAAUGACAUGACCUAAAAGGGAUGUUUUUGCUUUGCAUUAUCAGUGUUUUAUGUGGACAGUGUUGCCUUUUCACAUGUUUGUGCUCAGAACAAGAUAGUCCGGAGUGAACAAAAAAAAAAAAAAAAAAAAAAAAUCCACCACCAGCUCCCCCAGCCUUUUGAUCCUCAGCCCUCUCAGCUGUUUAGCAUUACAUUCAAAUUGCUGUUUACAAGAAGCCAGAGGAUAGACUUAAAAGUUUGACUUUCUACCCCUAGCUUUUUUUUUUUUCGUGUGUCUUCAAAAAUACAUUUCAGUAUUAUCUCUUUGUCGGCCAAGCAAGUGUUCAAAGUAUUUGUUAUUGUCAGUCUGUAUAUGUGUGGCCAAUUGUUUUUGAUCAAACUUUUGUACUUGGUUUCACUUAACCGUACCGCAUUAAGAGCUUCUUUUGUCAUCCAGUGGAAAGAGUCUUUUUUUUUUUUUUUUUUUUUUUUUUAUAGAAAGUACUUUUGUACGGUGCAUAUGUUAUAAACGUUUGCGGCGACAGAUGCCAAGUUCACAAACUGGGGAAAUCAAGUUGGACUUAUGGGAGAAACUGAAGUUGGCUCUCUGUGCUGACUUUUUAAUUUUAUGUAUAUCUUCAAGGUACUGUUUAUGUGUGUCAAAAUGUACACUCCUUCAUAAAUUGUGCAGUUUUAAUUUUUUGACAACCCAGACUAUGCUUAUGGUCAAGGACUUGGGGAAGGAGUGAAGCUGCACAAAAUGACUUUUUGACCUUUUUUGUGUGUCUUGAAUGUGCAAACUGUUUAAAAAAAAAAAGCUGCACUUACAGUUCUUGGUUUUAAAUCAGAAAACACAGCCUGUUUUUACGUGAAGUUGAAGAGAAGUAAAAGAAAUGAAGGACAACCCUUUAUUAUUCCCGUUACCGUGCCUAUGGAAGUAUAAUGAAAUGAAUCGCACUAGCCAAUCCCCAGGCACUAUUUGCUUAUGCAGUGGGGGUUGUGGGCUCCCACAUGUGUUUUUUAUACACCUGAUCCAGGCAGGGUAGCUGCGGGGUAGUGCUGGGCCCGCUCCUUGUGUUUCUAAUCGCACCUCUGAACCUCUGGACCACUCGGGACCCUCACACCUCACACGAUACCCGCUCGCUGGGAAGAGACAGAGCGAGUGAAGGAGGUUUCAGAGACAACAGAGCAGCCUUUGUUGUUGCUACCUGCAAUCACUCCCCAACAACAAGACAAAUACUAACAAAGGGGUUUCUACGGCCAAGACUUUGGUACUGUACAUGCCUUUCUCCAGCACAAACCCUGCUUUCACAACCAUGCCGACAAAUGGAAAGCAACGGUAUGUAUUAAAGCCUAUAAAUUAUUAUUACGGACUUUGUAAAAGACAAAGAAAAUUGUGACCAUAGUUUGUUUUUUUAUUGUUAAGUUAUAUAAAUUGAGAUUUUUUUUGUUUGUUGUUUUGAUAGAGACUGGAUUUCCAAUCCAAUGACCAAAUGCAUAUCUCCUUGUAUUGUCCAAUUUGCUCUCAUGUAAAUUUUCUUUUAUAAAACAGUUGUUACUUGGUCAAAGCAAUGAAUAAACCUCUGA